CAUGGAUUAUAUUAUCUUGGCCCCCUUCUAUUGUUAGAUAUAGUUUUAUUGUCCCUGUCCUUUUCUUUUCUUUUCUUGUUUCUUAAUUUCUUGAUCGAAAACGAGGGAUGGAAAUAGAAGCACAAUUUGAUGGAUUCAUAAAUGGGGCACCAGAACUACAACUCAUCAAUGCUACGGAUAUGUUACGUUCAGGGGAACAUGAUGAAGCUCUCACGUUCAAAGCACUACAGUUUUUACGAUACAAAGCGAUGCAAGACGACCGUGAAGCCAAGAUGAAGCUUAGUAUUAUUUAUUCAGAUGGACUUGGCAAAUAUAUUGAACAAGAUCAGCGCGAAGCAGCCAUAUGGGCAAGAAGUGUGUAUGACAAGCAACUCUCCAGUGGAUUAGCAGCAUGUUCUUGUUACUUGAUGGAUGGUGACUACCUUAGUGAUAGUAGUCUCAAUUGUUUCAGUACAUUAGCACUUAUUCUAGGGGCUGUCAGAACAACAACAACAACAACAACAACAAGUACAACACCACUUGUAUAUUUGGCUGGAUUAUUAUGGAUCAAAGGGAUUGGCAUUGAACAAGAUGUACAACGGGGUCUUGCCUGUCUGGAAGAAGCAGCAACUCAUGGUAAUCAUAAAGAAGCAGCAUAUGAACUGGGCAGGAUAUAUAGUGAUCGUUACAUUCAUUCUCUCAAGGAUAUGCAAAAGUCUCUUCAUUGGUAUGCCAGGGCUUUAGAAUUAGGUGAUGAACGUGCUCUUUGUGAUUUGGCUUAUGGUUAUUAUGAAGGUGAACAAGAUGGUCAGUCAUUGAAUAAAAAAGAUGGAUCAGCAAUGGACGAUAAAAUGGACAUAAUCAAAAAUGAUACAUUGGCUUUUCGAUAUGCAUCUCAAGGGGCCAAGAAGGAUCGAUAUUGUCAAUACAUUUUGGGUCAUCUUUAUUUGAAAGGACGCGGGACAACAGCCAAUGCACAAGAGGCGGUGAUUUGGUUAGAAAAAUCGGCACAACAAGGGUUCACUGAAGCAAUCGAAGAAUUGGCAAUGGUAUACUUACGUGGUGUGGGUAAUGUUGGCAAGGACUAUACAAAGGCUUAUUCUAUAUGUAUGCUUGGAGCUGAAAAUAAUGUGGUAUUUUGUCAAGCUGCUCUUGGAGAUAUCUAUCGUCAAGGAUGGGGUGUAGAUCGUGACUAUCACAAGGCAUUUCAAUAUUAUCAAACGGCGGCAAGUCAUGAUGAUCCAUAUCCUUAUUCACAACAUAUGCUUGGCGAAAUGUUUCUCAAUGGUGAAGGUGUACCUCAAGAUUUGGCUGUGGCUAAAGAAUGGUUUACCAUGGCUGAAAAACAAGGUUAUGAACCCUCAAGACAUAAAUUACAAACUUUGACAAAAUCUAUUCAAUCCAUUCAAGAUUCCCAAAAUGGAUCCUUCCGAUCCAAUUCCAUUGAUUCCUAUCCUUCGUCUCCCAUUGUAGCUUCUCCUACUGAAAAGAAAUCAAACCGAUGGUCGCUUGGCUUUUUUACUAAUAGAAAGAAAUAGUUAGAUUACCCUUCUCUUUAUAUAAAAUAUUAUAUAUCAAAUUA